AUGAAAUUGUUUCAAGAGCUGGAAUCUGAUGAUGUUAUUACUUCAUCCGAAUCCGAAGAUUGUUGCUUGACAGUCAAAAGAUCUAACAAGGGUGGAGAUCGGAGGAAGCACCAAAGGAUGUGGACUCUUGCUGAAGUGAUGAAGCUGAUUGAUGGUAUUUCUCAGUACGGGGUUGGAAAAUGGACUGACAUAAAGAAGCUUAUGUUUUCUUCUUCUGUUUACCGCACUCCUAUUGAUCUGAGGGACAAAUGGCGGAAUCUUUUGAGAGCUAGUUGCGUGCAUAAACACAACCAAAAGCACAACCAUAUAGAGGUGGAGGAGAAAGUGAAGCAUGCUGUGUGCCCUCUUCCGAAGCAUGUAAUACACCGUAUCCAUGAACUGGCUGCCAUUCAUCCAUAUCCAAGGAAGAGAAUCUCAAAAUUUUCAUAUACCAGCCAAGUUACCUCACCAACACUGCCCCUCAUCCCCAAGGGUUAUCCUCUUAGUCUUCAUGGCAGAAAUGUGCGGAGGAAGAACCUGCCAUGGGCUGUGCAUAUACAUGUUAGCAGAUCAGUUGAAGGAUCUGGACGCAGAAGGCCUUUUUUCUCCCUGGAGCAUGGCUGCAAAUUUUGUUUCUUCAGUUUUUCCAGUAUGCCCUGCCUGAGAGGCACUCAACGUUUCUAUGUCAGAUCGAAUUGUUGUCUAGAAUGAGUGAUAAACCAUGGAGCCAAAGGUUCUGUGAAGCAUUGUGUCAUUUCCGUAGUUACCAUGAUAUUUUGGUGCGCAAUCCAAUAUUAUUUGGUGCUUUUCCGAAGAAAAGAAAACUAUUUUUUUUUUUU